GCGCGAUAAUCUCUGGUUGUAGCCAGCGCCUACCCGCCAAACCCCGAUCCCGUUUCCUCUGUUCCUCGCUGGUCUGGCAACGCCAAGUUUAGAAUUCGCUCUCUAAUCAACAUGGCAACGUUCAACGACAAGCUCGCACCGCAUCUCGAGCGAAUCCGAACUCCUGGACAUGCGGACAAAGUUUACAAAGAUGAGUGUGUCUUCUCAUUCGACACACCAGAGUCCGAAGGAGGCCUCUACGUGUGCCUCAACACUUUCCUCGGAUUUUCCAAGAAGUAUGUGGAAAGGCGUUACGCGAAGACGGGGAACGCCGUCUACCUUCACCUGAAAACCACAAAAAAGGAGGUGACGGAUGACAGGCCGGCUGCCAAGAGAGCUGCUCCUACGAAGCUUGCCAUCGGUUUGGAGGGAGGUUUUGAUGUUGACAUGGGCAAGAAGUAUGAAUAUGAACAUCACAACUCUCUCGUCAUCCUGCCAAACUUCGACUCGAUUCCCCUGCCGAACACACAACUCCCUGAAAUGGUGCAGCUUUCCAUUGCAGCUGUUCUUGCAGCUGACUCUGCCAAUGUUGUUAAUGAGUUGGAAGCCAUGGCUGGAACAUGGGAUGGAGAGAAGAGAGUGCCAUCAAAACACAGCGACACACUGGUACAGCUGGACAACGGUGUGAAAGUAGCUCCGACGGGCUGGAAAUGCGAAAGGUGUGACCUCACCGAGAACCUCUGGCUCAACCUGACAGAUGGCGCCAUACUGUGCGGCCGAAAGUACCACGAAGGCAGCGGGGGCAACAACCACUCGCUUGAACACUUUAAGAACACUGGUUACCCACUUGUAGUAAAGCUGGGCACUAUCACACCAGAAGGGGCCGAUGUGCACUCUUACGAUGAGGAUGAUAUGGUCAUUGAUACAAACCUUGCCAAGCACCUUGAGCACUUUGGCAUAGAAAUAUCCAAGAUGAAAAAGACAGAAAAGACGAUGCUGGAGCUGGAGAUAGACCUGAACCAGCGAGUGGGCGAGUGGGCACUGAUCCAGGAAGCUGGAAGCAAGCUCACGCCAUUGUUCGGCCCCGGUUACACCGGCCUGGCCAACUUGGGAAACUCUUGCUACUUGAACUCGGUCGUUCAGGUUGUGAUGAGCAUCCCGGAGUUCCAACGCAAGUACUACGAUGGUGCAACUCAAAUAUUUGACAGUUUUCCACCUGAUCCUGCUGAAAACUUUACAGUUCAAAUGACGAAGCUAGCAGUUGGUAUUCUCUCUGGUGACUACUCCAAGGAGCCAGCCUGUGAAGGCAGCAACCAGUCUGAGCCAAAGGAACAGGAAGGUAUCAAGCCGCGCAUGUUCAAGACGCUGGUUGGCAGAAACCACCCAGAAUUCUCAACUAAGAGGCAGCAGGAUGCUCAGGAGUUCUUCCUAUACUUCCUUGAGCUUGUUGAAAGGAACUGCCGCAACGAGGUGAAUCCUGCAGACUGCCUGAAGUUUGAGUUGGAAGAACGCAUCCGGUGCACACAAUCUGGAAAGGUGCGCUACACUAAGCGCACGGAUUGGCUGCUCCCUCUGCCGGUGCCACUUCAUUGCGCGUUGAAUAAGCAGGAAGUGGAUGCUUACGAAAGCAAGAAAGAAGAGCUCCUAAAAAAUAAUGAAAGAAUCGACCCUGAAACUAUUGUCAGGUCAAAGAUCCCACUCUCGGCUUGCUUGGAAACCUUUGCUGGCACCGAGCACAUCAGUGAUUUUUUCAGCACGGCCGUGAACAAGAAAGUUACUGUAGAGAAGACCACCAGGCUUCGCACGUUCCCCGAUUACCUGAUGAUACAGCUGAAGAAGUUUGAGCUCGCUCAGAACUGGCUUCCAAAGAAGUUAGAUGUUGAAAUGUUAAUGCCUCAGCAGUUAGAUCUGUCUUUCUUGCGGGGAAGUGGUGUGCAGCCCGGAGAAGAGCUGUUGCCAGAACCUCAGGAGACUAAUGAAGGCUCUACACAGACUGUGGAACUAAAUAGGGCCUGGGUGGACCAGCUUGUAGACAUGGGCUUUCCACUGGAGGGGUGCAAGAAGGCAGUGUUCUUCACACAGAACUCCAGCAUUGAAGCUGCCACAGAGUGGGCCAUGGAUCACAUGAACGAUCUCGACUUCGGAGCACCUUUCGUGCAACCCGGCACAUUUCAGGCAGAUACAGAAGCACUGGCAACAAUAACGAGCAUGGGUUUCUCCCAAGAUCAAGCGCUCAAGGCUCUCAAGGCUACGGAUAACAAUGUUCAGAGGGCCAUGGACUGGAUCUUCAGCAGAGCGGAUGACAUGCAGGUAGAGAGUCAAGAAGUUGCCAUGGAAGCCGAGAGCCCGGGCCCUCGCAUAAAGGAUGGUCCUGGAAAUUAUCAGCUGGUGGCAUUCAUCAGCCACAUGGGCGAGUCCACCAUGGUGGGUCACUACGUGUGCCACAUAUUCAAGGACGGCCGCUGGGUCAUCUUCAACGACAACAAAGUGGCCCUGUCUGAAAACCCGCCCAAGGAGUUCGGCUACUUGUACCUGUACCGGCGUGUGCCAGACUCAUGACUAGACGGACCUUCCUCACCGAAGCGAGCCAAAGUCGAGGAAAAUACCGCAGCGCCUGUGUCACCAUCGAGCAGCGUAGCUUGAUUUGCAGGCCUGCCGCAGUACCUGUCCUCUGGAGCUAUUGACUUGGCCUGUGAAUUCAACAAAAUUGUGUUUAGUGCAGUUUGAUUUCUGUGUUGCUUUGCUAUCAUGCACUUCCUUUUGCGUUGUUCCUACUAUUUUUUCACAUGGUUGAAUGUUUGAGAGUUUCUUCCUAAUAUAAUGAAUACUGUGUCAAAAAUUAUCACAGUUUAAUCCAUUCAGCUUUAAGAAUAGUGCCUUUGUAAUGCUUUGUGUUGCAUCAGGUAUACCUUUUUUUUUCUGUAACAGCAGUGUUGAGGAAGCUUUGGCUUUCUUCUAUUGGUAUGUGUGGAUUGGUUUUUUCUUUCUUGCAAGCAGUGUGAUGAAUAUUCAUUGAUAAAGCCCACUUUUCAGAGAUUUGUUUAGACAAGCUUAUUACAAAGAAUGCAGCACGUAUGGUGUUUUGUAUGCUAUGUGGUUACAGGGCUGCUUGUGCCUUUUCAAUAUGUUGUAGUUCGGUUGGAGAAACAAGAGAGUGUACUAAUUUUGUGUAUAAGCUACUGCGCUUCGAACAACACUCGAUUAAGUCUCGAAGUGGUGAGCUCGCACCUUUCCUACACUUGUACAUACACCAGUGUACGGCCAUUGUCACUUUCGGUUUUGUAUUCUCAUUGUUUACCUUCAAACAUUGACCACAGAUUGUCGUGGUAUCUGUUUUUCCAUCACCGAUGAAUAGUAAAACAUUACUUUCUACAAGAUCUGCUGCUACAUUCAAAGUUAUUUAAGGUAGACAUCUUCUGUUCUCUUUUUUUGAAUAAACCAAUCUUUUCACUCUAUUCUGAA